AGCAUGAUUGAUGAGGAAAGACUCAUUUAAGUGAGGCCCUCAAGUGCUGUGCUGACUUUAGGGGGCUGGUAGAUUUGAGUGGGAAGGAUAAUGCUGGUGUGUAUUACCAGGAGCCUGCCCUUGAUCCUUGGGAUGGAUGUCUCUCCAGCUUCCUUAGGGCUGUAAAUGCUUCUGCAAGCAUUAACCACUCUUGCCAUGUUUACCCGGAGACGCUCCAGGGGCUUCUUACUGGACACGGUCAAUAGAGGGGCAGAGUUUGUGGAGACCCUGAAGACUGUCUACCCCAAGGCUGAUGCCCUUCAUGAGAAGGACUUUGACUGGCUCUUUGACUGUCCCAAGACGGAGCAGUUCCUCGAGUGGUUCUGUAACACAGUUGGGGAGGAGAACGUACUGAGUCCUGGGGAAGUGGAAGCCUAUCAGGCCCUGCUCAGUUCAGGGAAGCCUAUUCUGGAAGGUGAAGCCCUAGAGCAGGUGCUGCAAACCUGCUGCCAAUGCCCGCAGUUGAAGGGUGCCAUGUCAGAGGAUGAGGCUCUGCCCCUGGAGGCACUGGAGCGAGAGGCACAGGCAUUGCAUAGCCAUAGUGCCUGCCAGCUGCGACGGCGCAACAAGCUCCAGAUCCACGUGGCUAGCCUGAAGCAGCAGCUGUGCCACUUGGCAGACAAGGAAAGGAAGGUGGGCCGGGCGCUGAGAAAGGCCCAGCUGGACUUGGAGGUGGAGAACUCUCAAACCAACAGUGUUCUGAGCCAGCUCUGCAAGGCAGCAAACCAGCUCGCAGAGUGGUACAGGGAAGCUGGGAAUGGGAGGCUUCUGGUGCUGAUGUCUGAGGCAGAUCUGGGCCACUACAUGGAGCUGGAGGAGCUGGCUACAAGGGCUUUAGUGGCGUUCAUCCAGAAGGCACUGCCAGGCACCACCCAGGCUCCAGAUGCUGAGGAGGCAGGCUUACAGGAAGUGAAGAGACAGGGCAGCCCCCAAGCAAAGCUGGACACUCAGGCCCCGGCAGGGUUAGCUCAGACUGUGCUGCCAGGGAACACUGGGAGUCUCAAUGAGUGUGUGGCAGAUCCCAAAGUGGGUGUAGAGACCCAGGAGGAGCUGGUCAGGGAGUCAGUGGCAGGGCUCCCCCAGAAAUCCUUGCCAGAAGAGGACAAUGGCCCCAAAGCAGAGGCUGUGGGUGUGGAAGCCCUAUAUGGUCAGGACAGCUGCCAGGAAAUGGUGAAGGGACUAGCAGAAGCUGCCCACAUAAUGCUGUUGGAGAGCAUGGGGGGUCCUGAAGCCAAGCUCCUAGAGAGCCUAGGCAGCUACCAGGAGGAGCUGGAGCGCAUGGCACUGGCUUACAUCUGCAGCCAGAAAGAGCUAAUCAUCACCUCAGCAGAAGUUGAAGGUAUCUGGGCUGGACUGCAGUGGGCAGAGAGGGCCCUGAAGAGCAGCAAAGAGAAUAAGGUGGUGGAGGAUGAGCUCAGCCUUCGCAUAGCCACCUUCCAGGAGCAGCUGUGCGCCCUCCAAAGUGACAUAGACCAGACCCAAACCCAACACCUUGUGCCCCUCCUUCAGGCCACUGCUCGCCUCCUUCACUUGCCUGUCUUGCAAGCGGAGCUCGAUGGGGAAGCAGUUCACCUUGGGUAUACCACCCUGAAGCAGGAAGAGGUUGCAGGGCAGCUGAUGGCCCAGCACAGCCGCCUGGAGCUGCUGGGACUACAGCUGAAGCUGGAGCAGCAGCAGCAGCAGCAGGUGGGGACCUGUCUGGAAGAGAUAGUAGCUGCCCUGCAGGAAGCCAGUGCCAAUCUUCAAAGACGGCUUGCCUGCUUUGAGGAUUCCAGCCUGUACAUCAAGAUCUGUCCACGCACUCUGAUAGAUCCCAGUGAUGUCACCACCAUACGGCUCUGGGAGAUGCUGGAGAAGCAGGGCCCGGAGAAGGAACUCUUCCGCACCUAUGAGACGCUGGCAAGCCGUGGCUCGUGCCUGCGCCAGGAGCAGAGGAUGCUGGAAGUGCAGCUUGCAGUGUCCCCAGCCCAGCUCCCCAUGCUGGAGUCUGAUAAUGAGAUGCUCUAUAAGAUAAUGUAUAGUGACUCCAACCAACUACUGCUGAAUGCCCAGGAGCUGGCUGAGCCUAUUGAGCAACUCUAUGCCACACAGGCCAAACUCUAUCAGAUGCUGAUGGACCUCCUGAGUGACCUGAAGGCCAAACGGAAAUCCCUGCAGACCCACUUCCAGCAGACAGAGCGCAAUCUCUACGUGCACUUCUUCCAUGAUGCCAACCGGCUGAGGGAAGUGGUGCAGCAGCUGGAGAAACAGGCCUUGGCCUUCUCCUAGGGCUCAGCAAUGGAACAACCCCACCCAGCACACAAGGGGGCAGGUUGAGGAGAUUUUUGCUGCCUGUUCUGGAAGCGUUUGUGAUUCUCCACCCUUUGGGGCAGAGAUCCUUGCUAUGCUGAUAAGUUACAUAUUGCUUUGUCCUGUUCUCCUCCUCACAGCAAAAAGAUCAAAUUUCACAUGGGGCUAGUACUUGGGGUUUACACUGGGGUGGAAACCUGCCCCAACCAUGUAUAAAAUCUGUCACACUGAGGUUGGGUGGGUUUCUCAUGGUGCACAGGCCACUGAAGAGAAGUUAACGUUCUUCUAUGAUUCACAGUGGGGAAAACGCACAGAAGAACUCUGCAUUAUGCCCAUGCAGGCUGAGGGGUCGGGAGGGGAGUGCACUGAGCGGGCAGACCAGGAGAGGGGUGGGUGCCUGGAAUUCUCUGCUCCCCUCCCAGUGCAGUGGGCUACAGCUGGCUGGAAGGAUUGUGUGAGUGGGGCAGCAGUGGACAGGUAAAAAAUAAAGGCAUGUUUCAUGGUA